AUGUCGGGCAAAGUCCCACCUGAGCGGAUGGCUGAAUUGCGGCGCGGCUCCAAAUUGCGCCAGCGCCUUCAGAUGGAGGUUGAAGAGGCAACACAAAGCGUUCAGCUCACGGAAGAUAACAUCCGCCACCAUUACCACCAACUAUCCUACAUUCAAGCGUACGAGGCGGAUCCUGUGAGACGUCACCAUGACAUGGCGUAUUGGCAGUCCAACAUUAACCAACUCCAAUCGCAAAUGACCAUGCUGCAGCAUCGGUUGGCCGUUGCUGUUCAAGAUCUUAAUGAUUUUGAGGAAGCGACUGCAGAGAUCACUCAACUAUUGGACUUGGACGAGCUAUUGCAAGACAAAUCAGACAUGCCUUCUUCACCCGAACCGUAUGCGCCGCUGUCGUCGGCAGAGCAGUAUGACGACGGAACGCACCGCACGCGCUCCCAAUUCACGUACCGCCACCUCUCGCAAAUGGCGAGUUAUGUUGUAACGAGCCCGUUGCGUGUGGUUGCGCACGUCGAUCUCGACGCAUUUUACGCGCAAUGCGAAAUGGUCCGACUCGGCCUGCCCGACGACCAACCGCUGGCUGUUCAACAAUGGCAGUCAUUGAUCGCGGUCAACUACCCUGCGCGCAAGGCCGGGAUUGGUGGCCGUUUCGGCUCCGUCUCGGACGCCAAAAAGGCGUGCCCGGAUCUCAUUGCGCAGCACGUCGCGACAUGGCGCGAGGGCGACGAUAAGUGGGCGUACCGCGACGACGCCGCCGCCAACAUGGCCACAGACAAGGUGUCUCUCGACCCGUACCGGCUCGAAUCACGCAGGAUCCUGGCGCUCGUCCGCGAGCAUCUCCCGCAGAACCUGCAGCGCGUGGAAAAGGCCAGCGUCGACGAGGUUUUUCUCGACCUGUCAGCGCAGGUGCACUCUAUUCUUCUCGACCGGUUUCCGGAGCUCCAGCAGCCGCCGCCGUACAAUGACCCGACGGAGCGGCUCCCACUCCCGUCCGUUUCUGCGCUGGACUGGCAGGCGGACGCACUCGUCGACUUGGACGAGGAGCGCGAGGGUCAAGAUCCGGACUGGGACGACGUGGCGAUUCUGGUGGGCUCGGAAAUCGUCCGCGGGCUGAGGUCCGAGAUUCGCGAGCGGAUGCGGUAUACCUGCUCGGCGGGCGUGGCGUGCAACAAGCUGCUGAGCAAGCUCGGCUCUGGUUUCAAAAAGCCAAAUCGCCAGACCGUGGUGCGAAACAGAGCGGUAGGCAUAUUUCUGCACGAGUUUAAGCUUACCAAGAUACGCAAUCUGGGUGGCAAGCUCGGCGAGCAAGUGGUGAGCAUCUUUGGGACCGAAAAAGUCGAGGAUCUGCUGCCCGUAUCCGUGGAGCAGCUCAAGGCCAAGCUAGGGGAGGAGACUGGUGUCUGGCUUUACAACACGAUACGCGGAGUUGAUACAAGCGAAGUCAACCCGAGAACGCAGCUCAGGUCUAUGCUAUCUGCCAAGUCGUUUAGACCGCACAUUAAUACACAAGAACAGGCGGACCGGUGGCUGCGCAUCUUUGUGGGCGACAUUUUUAACAGACUUGUGGAAGAAGGCGUGCUGGAGAAUAAGCGUCGACCGAAAACGAUACACUUGAGCGCUCGGCACGCGACGCAGACACGGAGCCGGCAAAUAUCCAUACCCCAGGGCAGGGCGAUUGACGAAACAAUGCUCAUAGGCCUGGCCAGAGACUUGCUGUCGCAGAUUCUAGGCGAUGGCAGCAUAUGGCCGUGCACUAACCUCAGCCUCACUGUCGGUGGAUUUGAAGACGGCAUAAAGAACAACAUGGGCAUCGGAGCAUUCCUAGUCAAGGGUGAUGCAGCCAUGUCCCUCAUCAAGGACACCGAGCAGGGCAGCAGCAGCAGCAGCUCACUCACGUCUCCGGCGGCGGAACGGCCGCAUAAACGAGCGCGUGCAGAAGAAGCGGGCAUUCAGAGAUUCUUUGGCAAGGGCCAGCGGGAGAAGACGCCUAGUGCGGAGGAGGCAGAUGCUACAGCGGCCCAUGUCCGGGGACGAGAUGGUGACGGCGUGGAGAAUAACCAAGGUCAUCAUCACAAAUCAGAUGCAGAGGCGGAAGUGGAAGCCGAAGCAGGCAUACGUAUUGAAUACAGCGAGCCCCAGCAAGGCGAGUUGCGGUGCGCACGGUGCCACGCCUCGUUGGAGAUGCCGGAAGCACUACAAAGCCACAUGGACUGGCAUAUGGCCAAGGAUAUACAGAAUGAAGAACGUGUCAAGCCAGCAUUCGCCGAGAGAUCGCGGAAUGGAAAUUUGGUGCGUGGCACAAACAGCAAAGGUUCCACUGGGUCGUCCUCGUCGCCGCGACGGGGAGGCCGCGGAGGCGGAAGCAACAAGCUCGAACAGGGCCAAAGCAAGCUAAAGUUUGGAUAA